CAGAUUUCGAAUGGGCGAUCAGUCUAAAUCGAUUUAUACUAAAAAUCGUUGGUUUGUGGCCGCCAGACAAUCGAAACUCACGUCAAAUUGUAGGACUGAAAUUUCGACGGAUGUGCAAUCUCAUCACAUUACUUUUCGUAAUUACGAUACCGAGCUUAAUAUCAUUGAUAAGAGUAUGGGGGGACAUGAUAUUAAUGAUAGGUUAUAUGCAAUAUUGUCUACCUGUCUCGAUUGCAAUUUUUAAAGUAUGCAUUAUUUGGUACAAUCAAGAAGUUUUAGCCGAUCUAAUUGAUGUAAUUGAAGGAGAUUGGGUGAAAGUAAGAAUUAAAGAGGAACGAGAUCUUAUGCUGAGGUGCGCCAGAAUUACUCGAACGAUCACUAUGUGCGGAUUGUUCCUAGUAUUUUUUAUAGUAACCGUUGUGUUUGGUUUACCAUGUCUCGAAAUGAUAAGGAGAUAUAUUACCAACUUAACUAACUCUGAAAAACAUUUACCGGUACCAAUAUACUACCCGCACGAUGUGACCAAGAGUCCGCAGUUUGAGCUGACACUACUGGCGCAAACAAUCGCGGCGUUAAUAGCUGGUAUAUCUUAUACUGGGACCGACAACUUGUUCGGUCUAUUAGUUUUUCACGUAUGCGGUCAAUUAGAAAAUUUACAUUUACGGUUGAAACAUAUGAAAAAAUUUCCUAAUUAUGAUGAAAUUUUGAAAUAUAACGUCCAAAACCACAUUUGUUUGAUCAGAUCUAUCAAAAUGAUUGAUGAUACUUUCAAUUUAAUGCUACUUACUCUAGUACUUUACUUUGCUAUAACAUUUUGCCUGCAAGGAUUUCUCAUAGUUAAUAGUUUUAAACAUAAGGACGAAUUAUCAGUUAUGGAGUUGGUUUGGUUUGUCGUAGCGACAGUAACUUCUUCUGUACAUAUGUGUCUUUAUUGUGCCGUUGGUGAAAUUCUAGUAAUACAGUCUGAAAAAAUACAUCACGCUACGUAUGAAUUUGAAUGGUACACUAUAGAACCGAAAGCAGCAAAGAACUUAAUAUUAAUCAUGUUACGCGCAAAUAAACCACUCUACAUUACGGCUGGAAAAACAUUUCCCAUGACGAUGGCAACAUUUUGCAGCUUAUUGAAAACAUCGGCCGGUUAUAUAUCUGUGUUACUUGCAAAACAAGAUUAACAGGUAUAUUAUGCAUUCAGAGCUUAUUUGGUUUUUAAUAAUAGUACAAGUAGUAGUUAAAUUUCUUACUUAUAUAUGUCUAUGUCUUUUAAAAAGAAUCAAAAAACGAAAAUGUACACGGAAAAAAGAACCUGGUUGAAUUAACGUGAUAUCUCUGUUAACAAGUGAAUUAAUAUAGAAUAACGUAAUACAGUUCUUUCAUACAACAAGAUAAAACUAAACAGAAUUUUUAGUUAUUAUAAUUAGAGAUAUUCUAAUAUAUAUAAUCAAAACAUUUAAGUAAAAUAACUGUCAAAGUUUGCGUAUAUAAUAAUAAGUGUUUGGUUAUCAAAACUAAUGUUAAAUUAACAUAACAUGUUUGGUUAAACGAAUGUUAGUAGAAUUAAAUGGAAUAUUUGAAUAUUAUAAUUAAAUAUUCCAGAAUAUUAAAGUACAACAUUAGUCAUAAAUCAGUUACUGAGUAUCCAAAGUGCCAUAAACUCAAUAUGUUAUACACGCAAAUUUCAGUAUUCAACUUUAUGUAUUCGAAUUUAUAAACAAUUAACUUUAUAGACUUUGUCCGAUCGCGUACCAGCAUUAUUUCAUCGACUUGACUACAUUAACAAGAAAAUUAAUGAAAAAUAUAAUUAUCUAAAUGUAUUAUCUAAAUUAAUCGCAAUCUAAAUUAUUUUUUUUAUAAUAUUAACCUAUUAAAGUCCAUGGCUAGACCAGUAAGGUUAGUAAAAAAGUAACUAUUGGAAAUAGGAUCGGAGCAUGAGUAACCAUAAUAGGCGUAAAAAAUUCGUUGUAAAAAUCAAUUUUGUAGUAAAUUGUUAUAAACAAAUUACUAAAUAUUAACUGUAGUACAAGACUGAUUACGCCAAUCAAUUCUACGGAAAAAGUUACACAAAAAACAUAUAUUACUUUUUUGCUAACCUUACUGGUCUAGUCAUAAGCUGAAACGACUUUCAAUUGAUGUUACAGUUUAUUUUUCUUUUGCAUAAACGGAGGACGCUACGAAAAAAAAUGAUGUUUCUUGUGUAACUUUUUCCAUAGAAUCGAUUGGCGUAAUCAGUUUUCUUUUACAGUCAAUAUUUGUUUAUAACAA